CAUUAACAUUGCAUAUGUAUUCUAGACGUUCUAGAAUGGUUUACCCCUGACACACCUGCUUUUGCAAAAUGAGGCACAAUUUCUGGUAGUCUGGAUGAGCUCCAGGCCGAGAUUUAGGAUUGUCAUUCUGGCGUCAUGGGCGUCGCAGCAACCAGCGCCGUGAGAAUUGCUCGCUACCAUCAUAUCCACGUCAUGGACUCAGACCACCAUCAUAUCAGGUCCACAAGAUGCAAUUAUCCCUGCAUCGUCAAAUCCCCAGUUAAAUAUGUCCAUUCCACGACGAUCAACCAUUUUCCUGGCGUAUAUAGCUCCCUCCCGGCUUCUCUCACGACAGAUCCCAUAUCACAUCCGCCAACUCCACCGCAAGAAUUUCUCCAGCCUCAAUCCCACCGCUAAUAUGAAGAUCGCCAUUACCGGAGCCCGCGGCACCGUAGGACGCGCCGUUGUCAGAGAGGCCUCUCAGGCCGGCCACUCCACAGUCCAGGUUGAUCGGACCGAUACUGAGUACGAUGGGACGCCCAAUUCCGAGAUGAAGACCGCAGACACGGCCAAUAACUACGAAGCCACGCUUGAAGCCUUCAAAGGUUGUGAUGCCGUUAUUCAUCUUGCUGCCAUACCAGACCCCAUAGGGAAGGAUGACCAAGUGGUACACAACAACAAUGUUACAUCGGCAUUCAACGGCUUCUAUGCUGCUGCACAACUGGGGAUCAAACGCUUCUGCUAUGCGUCGUCAGUAAACGCGAUCGGUCUCGAAUAUGCCACGCGACCGCUUAAAUUUGAAUACUUUCCCGUUGACGAAGAAGCACCGCCCAACCCGACAGAUUCUUACGCACUGGCUAAGCAAGAAGCUGAGACCCAAGCAAGAACAUUUGCUCGAUGGUUUCCCGGAAUGAACAUCGCGUGUAUGCGUAUCCAUGCUGUGGCGUCCCGUGAGGAGGCACAGAAAGGACACAAUGAGAAUUGGGAGGACUCAGCCGUUAAGAGCUUGUGGGGAUGGGUGAGCCCGGAUGCGACGGCAAGAGCCUGCUUGUUGUCUGUGGAGAAGGCUGAGAAACUCAAUGGAUGUGAGAUAUUCAAUGUUGUUGCUCCGACCACGACGCAGGACACGCCGUCGAUCGAGCUUGCGAAGAAGUAUUAUCCCGAUACCGAGAUUCGGCACGAACUCAAAGGAAACCAGUCUUUCUUUACAGCUGAAAAGGCGAAUAGGAUCCUCGGAUGGGUACAUGAGGAGUGACUGGCCGGUAAGACAUGUCGCCUUUAGAAGCGUUUUCUUCCGAUAUCGAAUUGAAUGAACCAAAUCAGUCUGUACUGCCAAGCAAAUAGCAAUGCCGACUUGUGAAAGU